AUUUAAUGUGUUGGAACGCAAACCGUGCCCGGAUUCCCGAUUCCCCAUUUCAUUUUGACGCAGAAGGGUUCUUCACUCACUCAUUGACCCAGAAACGUCCAUAUUUUCAUGCUCGUCUUAUUCUUAUUCACAAUUAUGCACUCGUUUCGGAACCUACCUUGAAGGCUAAUUGGUGAUUAUUUUAGUUCAACAACAUGGCAGAAACAACUUUGAUGGGUCGAACUAGAAGUGAAGUAACAGUGUUAGGCAGGACAGAGACACUUGGUUUUCAAGGGCAACUUCUGCAGAAGUUGUACGCGGAGUUGGAUGAAGAAAGGGAAGCAUCCGCCACAGCAGCCAUGGAAGCAAUGGAUAUGAUACUGCGUCUCCAGGGAGAGAAGGCUAUGGUGGAGAUGGAGGCGAGUCAGUUCAAGAGAAUGACAGAAGAGAUGAUAGAACACGCCGAAGCAACCUUUGAAGCUUAUGAAGAAAUUAUGUAUGACAAGGAGAUGGAAACUGCCUCUCUCAAGUUUCAAUUGCAGGCUUACAAAAACAAACUCGUCAGCUUAGGAUGUGAUCUCAAUGCGAGUGAGUUUCAGUUCGUGCACUCGAAUGCGAGUGAUCAAAGUAGCGUUAAGGCUAUGAGAAGGCUGAAGUCAUUUCCCUCGACUCCGAUUAAAAACGAGGCUCAGAAAACGGAAAGAUCGGUUUCGAGUGACCAGGAACCUAGCUUGGUGUGUGAAAGUGAGACUCUUAACUCAUACUGGAACAAGAUUAAGAUGCUGCAUGCACAAGCGAGACUGAUUUCGGAUUGUAAUAACAAAGGAGCAAACUCGAAAAGUAGAGGAGGGAGGUCAAGUUCGAUAUUGCCAAAAGCUAGCAGUAAGAUAGCCUGCGAGUAUGGCCAAACACAUAGAUUGAACUCUUCCAAUUCUACUGAAGUAGUAAAUCAUUGUGAUCUUACACGCGACAGUAAAAGACUCGCCACUCGUCCUUCUUCGACUAAUGUCCACGAUGUAUUUGAAGUCCCGCAAGCUACUGCGAAGCAUGAAGUUAGAAGAAGGCAUGAGAAAUGGAAUUUUUUGGCAGAUAUUAUAUUAACAAAACCAGAAUCAGUGUCUGAGGGAAUGAUUGAAUCGCCGUUUAAACAUGAUGCAGUGACAAUUGUUGGACAGAAGAAAGAAAGGAUGGGUGUGGAUUGUAAUCCUCAAGCUGAAGUUGUUCAAAAAGUUGCAAAGCUUCAGAGGCAGAAAACCAGUAGAAGGUAUCAGGAGAUUACAUCUGGAUUAGAAUUAGGGGAUAAUGAAGAGCAGUUGCGGCUUUUGAGGGAAAUGAAAAGUGAACUGAAAUUAAUACAGUCAGAGAUGAGAAGCUUGAAAACCAAAAAUGUCACCCCUGUGGAGGAUGCUGUGUCGUUCGGUCUUCUCGAAGAGGUAAAGUAUAUACAAUGUGGUGGUUGAGAAACAGAACAUAAAUUAUCGUUGUCUACAUGCAUGAAUUAUUGAUGUUUAUUUUAUCCUUUGAAAUACAAAGAACUAAUGAUUAACCAAUUAUAUGAACAGGCAAUGAUGCACUUUUGGAUUUGAUCAAGUAACUGCAUAAUGACCAUCUCAGGCAACGGAUCAACUCACUGCAUCAUAUGCUUUCUCUACCCACAGAUUUAUGUCGGAUAUAGAUAUAUGUUGUGAUUUGAAUUUUAGAACUGAAAAAUGUAUACAUUUCCAUACAAACAUGUUUUACAUUAGGCACUCUAUGGAGGCAAUUUGAAUGUCUUGUAGGUAUAAAUUAAUAAAGUUUCAUGUUUUCCUUGUUUUGAAAUGGAACCAAAUAAUUGAGAGUGCCUUCAACUCCUGGAUAUGUCUGUU